AUGAGGGUCAUUGCGGGUUUCUCCCCCGUUCUUUCGUCUCCGCAGCAGCAGCGGAGACACGUCCGUCCUCGUUUGCUGCCAGCAGAUUCCUUUCGCCCCGCUUUGUUGCGGCAGCAAACAGCAGCAGCAGCAGCAACAGCAACAGCUGCAGCAGCAGCAGCAGCAGAAGGAAGGGAUCGAGAUGGAGACCAAGAAGAAGAUUUAGAGACGCUGAUGGAAAAUUUGCUGCGGCGCUCUCUGCCUACGCCUUCAUUUAAGAAGGGUCUAUUUGGAUUGGGUAUCAGCAGCAGCAGCAGCAGCAGCAGCAGCAGCAGAAGCAGAAGCAGCGGGGAAAUAGCACAUCGAGCUCGCUGCCGCACUGUCCUUCAGGUGUAUGCACUCUUAGACCCCCUUGGUGUCGGGUAUAUUGAUAUCGACAGCGCUUGCUCCUGUAUUGCUGCAGCAAGAAGAGACAACCAGCAGCUGGGGCUGCUGCUGCUAACGCUUCUAGAAGAUAUGCUGCCUCUAAUCUCAAGCAGGUUCUGCUGCUGCAAUGUCUCUUUGCUGCUGUCUCCUUUUGCUGCUGUCUCCUUCUGCUGCAGGGGGUUUGUUCGUGGAGACUUGAGUGUGCAUAUUCGUGCAAGUCAGCAACGACGAGAGGAGACAGUUAUUGCUAUUAAAGAGGAAUUAAAGAAAAAAGAGAUGGCUGAAUGUACAUUUAAACCGGAGACAACAAAAAUGCCUUCUUUUGGGGAACCCUUUAUAAACCGCCGCGAGCUCCUUGCACAGAUAAAGGCGAAGCAAAAGGAUGCAAAACAGCAAAGAGACAGAAAAUUUGUUGUGCUGUUAGAGACACCUGUAGAACGAGAACUAGCCCUGCCCCCAGACUCCCCCCGGCCUUUAUCUAAACAGGAGACAGCAGACAAAGGCCCUCUGUCUGUCUCUAAAAAGGAGACAGAAGUUAAAGGCCCCCUGUCUUUAUCUAAAAAGGAGACAGCAGGCGAAGGCCCUCUGUCUGUCUCUAAAAAGGAGACAGCAGAUAAGAGCUCCCUGUCUUUAUCUAAAAAGGAGACAGCAGAUAAGAGCCCCCUGCCUGUCUCUAAAAAGGAGACAGAAGUUAAAGGCCCCCUGUCGGUCUCUAAAAAGGAGACAGCAGAUAAGAGCCCCCUGUCUGUCUCUAAAAAGGAGACAGCAGUUAAAGGUUUACUGCCUGUCUCUAAAAAGGAGACAGCAGAUAAAGGCCCUCUGUCUCUAGCUAAGAAGGAGACAGAAGUUAAAGGUUUAGUGUCUGUCUCCAAAAAGGAGACAGUAGGUAAGGCUCCUCUGUCUCUAUCUAAGAAGGAGACAGCAGAUAAGAUGCCCCCGCCUCUAGCUAAAAAGGAGACAGCAGAUAAAGGCCCCCUGUCUCUAUCUAAGAAAGAAACGACAGGUAAAGCCCCCCUGUCUCUAGUUAAAAAGGAGACAGUAGAUAAGGCAGCCCUGCCGCUCUCUAAAAAGGAGACAGUAGGCAAGGCCCCCCCGUCUCUAGCUAAAAAGGAGACAGCAGAUAAUAAAGGCCCCCUGUCUCCUCCUAAAAAGGAGACAGCAGAUAAGGGUCUACAAUCUGUCUCUAAGAAGGAGACAGAUAAAGAAGAAGCUGCUUCUUCUGUCUGUAUAAAGGAGACAGCAGAUAAGGGGCCCCAGUCGGUGUACAAGAAAGAGACAAGUGAUGGUGCUGCGCCUGUUUCUGAAGAGGAGACAGAGACAAAGAGGAGACAAAGAGGGAGAGGAGAAGGAGACAGCGAGUUUAAAGCAGGAGCAGCAGCAGCAGCAGAAGCAGCAGCAGCAGCAGCAGCAGCAGCAGCAGCGAGCUCUUUCUCCCUGUGGGUGAUGCAAGAAGGCACCCCUAAGACGAAGCCUUUAGGGCUGGAGCAGCUGCUUCGAGUCUCUCCUUUACCUCGGGUCCCUCUUGAUAAUCUGUCUCCUUUUUUUGGGAUGUCUGAGGAGACAGAAAAGAAAGAAGUAAAAAAGAACAGCAGCAGCAAAACACCUGCCUAUACACCUGAACACGAACCGCUUAUUUUCCGCCCCAACUCACCACCUCUCUCACCGCCUUAUGUUGUAUAUACACAAACACAAGACUUAAAGAAGCAGCAGCAGCAGCUGUUCCUGCAGCAGCAGCAGCAGCAUCGGAAACUGAUGCUGCAGCAGCAGCAGCAGCGGCAGCAGCAGCGGCAGCAGCAGCAGCAGCAGCAGCAGCAGCUGCGAAGAAACCACUAUAAACCCCACCCCCCUCUAACCCCUGGGUUAGCAGCUUCGUUUAAAAUUCCUUUUAUUGCGGAGAGGCGUCAAGAGAUUGCAACACCAACUGCUGCUGCCUUUGCUGCUGCUGCUGCUGCUGCUGCUGCAGAACCAGCAGCAGCAACACGAGCAUCAACAGGACUAAGGGCGCAGCAGCGACAACGACAGCAGCAACAGCAGCAGCAGCUGAGGAGACCCUUUUCUUCUGUUCCUUCAGAUGAUUGUCUCCUUUGGACUGCAGACGCGACAGACUUUGUUAGAGGGAUUAGUAAAAUAUCAGUAAAAACAAAUAAUGCAAGAGCAAGAGAAAUGUACAGACGCCCCUCUGGGCAAACAAAGACAGAAAAAAAUGUCUUUUAA